UUUCUGUACUAGUCACUCCUCCUCCAUCAGUAGGACGCUGCUCCACCCUCUCCAGCGCGUUCAUCUCUCCGUCCGUUACUGUCCCACGAGUGGAAAGGAUUUCAGCACCGGGACAGAUCCACCACACAUCAACCACCGUCUCAGGCAUCAUGGCGACAGAGUUUCACAACCUUCAGGAGCUGCGUCACAGUGCGUCUCUGGCCACCAAGGUCUUCAUUCAGAGAGACUACAGUGACGGCACCAUCUGCAAAUUCCAGACCAAGUUCCCCACAGAGCUGGACAGCAGGAUCGAGAGGAGCCUCUUUGAAGAAACGGUGAAGACCCUCAACUGCUAUUAUGCAGAGGCUGAAAAGAUUGGCGGUCAGUCCUACCUGGAAGGCUGCCUGGCUUGUGCUACGGCCUACAUCAUCUUCCUGUGCAUGGAGACACGCUAUGAAAAGAUCCUUAAAAAGAUCAGCAUGUAUAUUCAGGAGCAGAAUGAGAAGAUCUAUGCACCCAGAGGUUUGCUCCUCACAGACCCCAUCGAGAGAGGCAUGAGAGUGAUCGAAAUCUCCAUCUUUGAAGACAGUGGCUCCACCAGCUCUAGCUCCAGUGGAAGUUCUCCGUCCAGUAGCACGGCUCAAUGACUGGAGGAGCAGCACCAGGGGUACGGGUACAGGAGCGCCAGUACGCUCCCUAAAAUCCGCAUGUUGAAACAUGAGAGCACCAGAUUUUAAAGAGAGAGAGCGAAAGUACAGGUACUGCUUACUCACUCGCUUCUUCCAAACAACAAGCGCAAAGCCAGGAGCUUUAACUCACAAACACACCUCCCUAUCCCCACUUUAUUUAAUUCAACCACCUCUGCAUUUCCAUUAGUGACAGACAAAUGUUGAUCAGACGCCCUCAAUACAGAAAUAAAGAGGGCUAGCAGACGGGUACAAUGGAUGGAGUGCUUCCAACAGGUUUCUCACCAUGUGUUAGCUCUGGAAAAUCCAUAUUGAGAUGAUUCUGAAAUGAGUGCUAGUUUCUAGCUAGCCUAAGUAAAGUCUAGUGUUAUAUUCGUAUCAUUGAGCUAUUAUUAUAUAAUUUUUAUUUAAGGUGCAGUAUGUAAUAAUAUUAACAGCUAGCAGUUGAAAUGGGUCCAAAUUCAAAAUAUCGGAGAGAGUUGUUUCUCCUGCCCAUUCCUCAGAUUCUAUGCUCACAAGGGUUGCCAGAUUGAGGACUGAGGGCAAUUAACGAUGGAAAAGGCCUUACACUGUAAGUUGAUGAGUCAUUUUAAUAUACCUCUAAGUAGAAUCGAUGUGAAUGCUUCUCUGAUGCAGGUCGUUUGCAAUACGCUGUGUUUUCAACCAACUGGCAACUCGGGGUGUCGAAAUGCUAUUGGCAGUGGGUGGAAUCACAAAAAAAAAAAGACAUUCUGACACAGAAUGCACAUUUUAUGGUAGAAUAACUGGCUGUAACAUUGCUUUUCAGAGAAACAAGUAUGUGACCUUAACAUAUUUCCUAAAUAUCUGCAAGCAUAUUACAGUAUUUAUAUGCUUUAGUGCAGUCAAAAAAUUACAUACAGCACCUUUAAUAUUUUGAAUCAGAUUUUUUAUUUCCUACUUUCCUAUUAAUUAUAGUUGAAGUUUUAAUUUGUUUUUUGUUUUGUCAUUUUUAUUAGUUUUUGUUAUUUUAAAAUAUCUCUAUUUAUUUAUUUUUUGCUAAAUUAUCAAUUUUUUUUGUAUUUUAGUAGAUCAAAUUAAACUAAAUGAAAAUGAGAAAUGUUGCCUUAGAAGUUUUUUUAUAUUUUAUUUCAGUUAACAUUUAUUUCAAGUAAGUUUUAGUUAAUUAUAAUGACCUUGGUCUGGUCAAGUCACUGUUAUUUAUGAAGUGCUUUCUACAAUAGAUUGUUUCAAAGCAGCUUCAUGGUAAUAAACAGGAAAGUAACAGAAUCAGUGAUGCAAGCUUUAAAUAUUAGACAAAUCCAAAUUCUGCUUCUAAAAAGUCAAUAUUGUGAUUAUUCACCUCCAGUCCAUUCAGUGUUGAUUCUGUUUUACUCAAUAACUGCAACCUGCAUCAAUUAUGAAACAAAUUAAUUUAAGCUAUAAGCAGAUAAUGAUAAUAACAAAAAUAAUGUUGAUGAUCCAGAAUUUGUCAAUUUUGAAACAUCUGAUUCAGUUAAAUUAGCUGAUUUACCAGCUAAUGUGUUCCGAAAAACAUCUUAAACUAAUAUGACCAGCUGAUACACUGUUAAAAAAAGAAAAAAUUUGAGUCAACUUAUAAUAAUUUGUUACCCUGCUGCUCAAAUAAGUUUAGUUAACUUGAAAUGUUAAGUUGUACUAAGUGACAACUUAGAUAUUUGAAUUGUCUAAACAAAAAUUAGGUUUAUUAAACUUAAAGGCUGGGCCUGUUACCCAGCUGCCUUAGAUAUUUGAGUUGAUUCAACUUAAACUUUUAAGUUGUCACUUAGUACAACUUAACAUUUCAAGUUUACUAAACUUUUUUGAGUUGACUGAACUUAAAAUUUUAAGGCAGCCAGGUAACAAAUUAUUUUAAGUUGACUCAACAAAUUGUUUUUUGUUUUUUUUUCUACAGUGUAGCUGGUUUCUUGCUGGUCUAAGAUGGUUCCAAAACACAACAACCAGCUUAAGCUGGAUUUUCCAGCAGGGCUUUGGUGCUUAUUUAGUUUGGACAGUGACUGUGCUCUCUUUAUUCAUCCCCAUGAUGUACCGCAGUGCCAAUUUUAGCCGUGCUUCAGUUCACUGGCAGUCUUGACCCUUUGCAGCACUCCAGACUCAUGUUCCUUCUGUUAGUUCCACCACAUACCUGCACCUCAGAGGUUCAGUGUUUGGUGUCAUGGACAAUAUGCCCAAACCGGGCAAAGAUCUCCUCUGCUUGUGGAGAAUAAUAGCAAAUGUUUCUUUAUUGUAUUUAUUAAUUUAUUUUUUACAUAACUUUUUUUUUUUGAACGAUAAACUCUACCUCUGGUUUGUGCUUGUGCAGGGAGCUGAGGGAGCCAGUGUAGAAAGUAGCAGGUCCAACAUGCAGUAUAAAUGCACCUUAGAUAAAGUUUAUUUUGACUGAUCUACUUCAGAGAAGAUUGACUCACCAGCUGUUCGGAAUGAGCUGAGAGAUUUUUCAUUGCUCUUGUUGGUUACAUGUUAAGCAUAUUUGCUAGACUCUUAGACAUAACUCAUGCAAGUAUGCAUACUCAUUAUUCUCUUAAAAGAAAUAACGACCCUUUUCAUAGUCGGCUAUGACUGGAUUCCAUUCAGUUUAGGAGUUUAUUGAAGUGGACAGUAAUAGUGCAGUAUUCAUUGUGCCAGGAAAGAAGCGAUGAGCUUUCUAUUUAAAGCAAUACUUGAAUAUAUUAAGACUAAUAUAUAUAUAUAUAUAUCAAUGAGGUAUCAUAUAUAAAUUAUCAUUGUUAGGGAAUCAAAUGAAGGUUUUUGCACAUGCAAAGAGGCACAACUGCUUAUUUGCACAAAAAAUGUACAAGUUGUUAAGGCCCAUCGUUGUAAUUUUGUAGCAUUCAUUAACUAAGUUAAAGCAAGAAUGUAACUAAAUAUUUAGCAUUGUAUGGGACUAAAGGUAACAGAGACCUGGUCUUUGAUCCCUCUAAUAUUGAGAUUAGUGGUCAGUAUCUGUGGUGAUUGUGGUUCUAGAAUAAGCUGAA